AUAUUCAUAAUGGCGACUAUUCCAUCAGUGGUUCGUGAGAUUACACUUGUUGGCGAGCAAAUUUUUGAUCACACUCAAGUGGUUCGUGCAGAAAUCGACAGAUUUGUUGAACGAUUCGAACGGAAUGAACGUCAUCGCGAGUUUGAUGGCAUUCUUCGAGCAAGUCAUGCUCUUGUCGAAUCUUCAGAAACUCCCGUUGAGGGACUAUUUGAUAUGGGAAAAAUGGAACAUAUGACACAAUGCGUGGACGAUAUUACUAAAAAACUGCAAACACUCGUUGAGCCCAAAUAUCAGAAGGAACACGAUGUCUACUUGGAAAAAGUGAAAGAAGAUCAGAAGAAGUAUGUCGACGUUUGUCGCGAGCAAGCAAUGAACAAGAUGAGAUCUAUGACAGCGCAUCGAUAAAUCAAUAAAUCCAGUGUAUAUACCACGACUUUAGUCUACAAAAAUCUAGUCAUUGUAUUUUGAUAAUGCUUUCACUUUUAAUUACAUAAUGCUUUAAUUUAUUUUCAAAACUUAUGUGAUCAUAAAUUCUUAUUUUUU